AGAGAGCGAGGGAGCGGGAGAGGGAGGAAGAGAGAUAUAGAGCGAGGGGAGGCAGAGAGAGAGAGCGUACUGGUAGAGGCAGAUAAAGAGAGAGAGCGCGAGAGAGAGGGGCGAGGGGGAGAGAGAGGAGAGUAAUUUAAAAGAGCGCAUUUCAUAUGGGCAGCAGAGGGGAAGGCGAGUGUUGAAGUUCCUUCAGAAUGGGAAGUCUUUCCUCAGACGCAACAGGACCACCGCGGCAACGGGUCAUGGAGACGAUCCCCUAGUCAGACAACUCAUGUGUGCGCCGAGCAUCAACUUCAGCUCCCGGGGAAAACAGUCGUGGAGUCGGCCCGCGCGAUCUCCGUCCGCCGCGAGAUCAUCAGCAUCAGCACCAUCACCUCCUCGGGCCGCGACGGCACGAGGCAGGCGUGAGGUCGGCGUGAGAAGAUGAACAUCCAGGUGGUGCCAGAACACAAACUGUCCUCGGUCGCUCCGCUCAAACAGUGCAAUGUGGAGAAGAAAGAGGUGGAGUUGAUACUGGUGAAAGACCAAAAUGGGGUGCAGUACACCAGCACCUCCAUCGUCCCCUCCCCUACGAACCACGUCGGACCCCCGGGGUCAUCAGGGGGGGAUGAGCGGGAAACCUGGGGGAAGAAGAUAGACUUUCUCCUGUCUGUGAUAGGCUUCGCUGUGGACCUGGCCAAUGUGUGGAGGUUCCCUUUCCUGUGCUACAAGAAUGGAGGAGGUGCCUUCCUGAUCCCUUACAUUCUGUUCCUGCUCAUUGCCGGGAUGCCUCUGUUCUAUAUGGAACUGGCUCUGGGCCAGUACAACAGAGAAGGGGCCGCCACCGUCUGGAAGAUCUGCCCUGUCUUUAAAGGCGUGGGCUACACGGUGAUCCUGAUAGCCUUCUACGUGGGCUUCUACUACAACGUGAUCAUCGCCUGGUCAAUCCACUACCUGUUCGCCUCCAUGACCAAUGAGCUGCCCUGGCUGCACUGCGGGAACCCCUGGAACACCCCCAACUGCACCGUGCCCCAGCCCAUGAACGGCUCCUUCCUGGACAACAGGACGUCCUAUGCCAAGAACAAGAACACGCCUGCCGCAGAGUACUAUGAGCGUGGUGUGCUACACCUCCAUGAGAGUCGGGGUAUAGGGGACCUGGGUCCCCCACGGUGGGAGCUGUCGCUGUGUCUGGUCGCUGUCGUCUUCAUCCUCUACUUCAGCCUGUGGAAGGGAGUGAAGUCCUCUGGAAAGGUGGUGUACAUCACAGCCACUAUGCCCUACAUAGUGCUGUUUGUGCUGCUGAUCCGAGGCAUCACGCUCCCAGGGGCCAUGGACGGCAUCCGGGCUUACCUCCACAUCGACCUCAAGAUGCUGAACAACCCCAAGGUCUGGAUCGAUGCAGCCACCCAAAUCUUCUACUCCCUCGGAGCGGGUUUUGGUGUCCUCAUAGCCUUCGCCAGCUAUAACAAGUUUGACAACAACUGUUACCGAGACGCUCUUCUGACCAGCACCAUAAACUGCGUCACCAGUUUCGUCUCUGGUUUUGCCAUUUUCUCUGUGUUGGGCUACAUGGCUCAGAAACAUGGAGUCAGGAUAGAGGAUGUGGCAACUGAGGGGCCCGGACUGGUGUUCAUCAUAUACCCGGAGGCCAUUUCUACACUACCAGGUUCAACAUUCUGGGCGAUUGUGUUCUUCAUCAUGUUGCUGACUCUGGGAAUUGACAGUUCGAUGGGCGGCAUGGAGGCAGUGAUCACCGGCCUCGCGGAUGACUUCAAGAUCCUGAAGAAACACCGCAAGCUGUUCACCUUCGCCACGGCGUUCGGGACCUUCCUGUUCGCCUUACUCUGCAUCACCAACGGCGGGAUCUACGUGCUCACGCUGCUGGACAGCUAUGCAGCAGGAACAUCCAUCUUGUUCGGAGUGCUUAUCGAAGCCAUCGGAGUGUCUUGGUUUUAUGGUGUGGACCGCUUCAGUGAGGACAUUGAGCGCAUGAUGGGAUUCAAGCCCGGUCUUUACUGGAGACUGUGCUGGAAGUUCGUCAGCCCAACCUUCCUGCUGGUGGUGGUGAUCGCCAGCAUCGUGACGUCCACCGGUCUGACACUGGACGACUACGUCUUCCCCCCCUGGUCCAACGUGGUGGGCUGGGGCGUGGCCCUGUCCUCCAUGCUGUUUGUCCCCGUCUACGCCGUCUACAAGUUCUUCAGCAUGCCCGGGACAUUUAAAGAGAGGAUCGCCUAUUGCGUCACUCCGGAGCAUGAGCAUCAUCUGGUGAAGGAGGGCAACAUUCGGCAGUUCACCCUCAAGCACUGGUUGGCCAUCUGACAGCCGGGCGAGAGCAGAAAUCACCUCUUCUGUCUGCAGUCUCUCAGUGUGCUGUUGGCUCUCUCUCUCUCUCUCUCUCUCUCUCUCUCUCUCUCUCUCUCUCUCUCUCUCUCUCUCUCUCUCUCUCUCUCUCUCUCUCUCUCUCUCUCUCUCUCUCUCCCUCUCUCUCCCACUUCACUCCCUUUUAUGGCUGUCUGUGUAAACCUGCAGAUCUGUCGUUUGUAGAUUUCAGGCUCAUGCCGUGAAACAGACGCCAACUGCGCCACACGACACGCUAAAAGAAAAGAGAAGCGCUGAGAGUCUAGUCAUCGUGUCGUUGCGUUCUACGCUCUCUCUCUCUCUCUUGGGCUGCGUUGACCUCUGAUAUUUAAUUUAUUUAUGUUUAUUUUUUAAAACAUGAUUUUGCAUAAGCUGAGGUUGGCUAUACCUACACCAUACAGACUGGAUACUAAAACUGAAA